GGACUUAUUUCUUUAAGUAUCAAUGGAAAUUUCCAUUGUGUUCCAGAAUUUAAGAAGAAGAACAAGAGGAUUAAGCAGUUGACAAACUUAUCUCAACGCCAACCAACUAUCACACAAAAAGAUCAACACAGUAUUUAAGAUCCGUGCAGUGCUGUGACCUAAAGCGACUUUUAACUCUGAUCCUCCAGGACUUGUCCACUGCUUCCAGAUAAAUCCACUCCCAAUCAUCAUGUCUCAGCAGCACAUCAGCCUCCCUGCCAAGCUCAUUAACGGCGGCAUUGCCGGUAUUGUGGGGGUGACUUGUGUCUUCCCCAUCGACCUGGCCAAGACCAGGUUACAGAACCAGAGGCAAGGUCAGCAGGUCUACAAGAGCAUGAUGGACUGCCUUGUCAAGACAGUUCGAUCAGACGGCUACUUUGGCAUGUACAGAGGUGCCGCUGUCAACCUGACACUGGUGACUCCCGAGAAGGCCAUUAAGUUGGCUGCAAAUGACUUCUUUCGCCACCACUUUGCAAAAAAUGGCCAGGGCUUGACUGUCUUCAAAGAAAUGCUGGCUGGCUGUGGUGCAGGCAUGUGUCAGGUCAUUGUCACCACACCCAUGGAGAUGCUGAAGAUCCAGCUGCAGGAUGCUGGCAGACUUGCGGCCCAACAACAAAAGCCCAUUAUGGCAUCUCCCACCAAGUUGGUGGCCCCCACCACUCUGCUUAGCCGGUCCUACAACUCCUGCACCGCAGCCACGCCUCCGCGGGCCGUGUCGGCCACGCAGAUAGCCAAGGAGCUCUUCCAGACUCAGGGCAUCCAGGGCCUCUACAAAGGCCUGGGGGCAACACUGAUGAGGGACGUCCCCUUCUCCGUUAUCUACUUCCCCUUGUUUGCUAACCUCAACAAACUGGGCCAACCAGGUCCACAGGAGUCCUCGCCCUUCUACUGGGCCUUCUUCUCAGGCUGUGUGGCAGGUUCUGCCGCUGCUGUGGCUGUCAACCCCUGUGAUGUGGUGAAGACCAGACUGCAGUCGCUGACCAAGGGCUCCACCGAGGAGACUUACAGCGGAGUAGUUGACUGUGUGAGUCAAAUCCUGCGCAAGGAGGGGGCGUCGGCCUUCUUGAAGGGUGCUGCCUGCCGGGCCCUGGUCAUCGCCCCGCUCUUUGGGAUUGCCCAGGUCAUGUACUUGGUGGGUGUUGGAGAAUACAUCCUGGACAAGUGUCCAUGAGACCAAGUCCUCCUGAGAGCACAGAAGAGAGCCGCAAGUGGCAGCUUCCUACUUUCAGUUGACCUCCCAGAAGAAAGAAGACAAUGGUGACUGAAGUCAGGUGGCCAUGGUCCACAUUUGCACGGGAAACCUGUGGCAGCCUUACUCGCUCCACUGACACUCUUAGUCCUCUUUGCUCCUCUGAUGAUGGCCAAGGAACUAGGAGCCACCAGAAGUUAUUUCCUGUCAGAAUAUUCCACUUGUGUAGUUUGUGUUGUUGUCUUACAGAUUUCGGUGAAGAUCUUACUGUGUGAAGGACCUUCCUCCUCAAUGUUUACGUGAGACAUCAAUGUUUACGUAACACCAUGCUGCUGCCAAAUCAAUUGUGAAUUCUCAAAGAUGCAUCAUGCACAUUGUGUGUUACAUUGUGUCUUUAUCAAUGUGUGUUAUAUUGUCUCAUUACAUUAUGUGUUUUUUGAAUGUGUGUUUCAUUAUGUAUAUUUCAUUGUGUGUGUUAUAUUGUCUCAUUACAUUAUGUGUUUUUUGAAUGUGUGUUUCAUUAUGUAUAUUUCAUUGUGUGUGUUACAUUACACAUUUUGGAAAUUGUUACAUUGUAUUGAAUGAAUAUGUCCACAUCAUCAGGUCCAUUUUUCAUGCACAUUGUCAUGCAGGAACAAUGUCUUUGUGAAAUAUGACUGAAACUAUUUUUGUACUGUUUAUGAAGGUAUACAUAAAUCAUGCAAUACACUG